AUGCGUACUCAUGUUAACAUCAGUCAUUCGAUUAUCAUCAAGUUUCAGAUAUCCCGAAGGUAGUGUUAUUGAAGGAGUGAUAGAAGGCAAUAUUUCAGGCGGACGCCUUAAUUUAGACAAAG